CAAUUGUUUAUCGAUUGCGCGAAAGGAAGGUCAAUGAUUAAUCUUUGAAAAAGUAAUCACAUAAUUAUCAGUCAUAGAGAGCAAUAAAUAUUGUUUGCUUAUCGUUAAUCAUUCCUUUCAAAGUUAAUAUCUUAGUUUAAAAUAAUGUGAUUAAUAAUUUAACUAGUGGUGCGCGAUAUCUUAAUUAUCAUGACUUGCAAAACAUUUAAUUCUUUAACUUUUAUUUUACUCAUCACUGUGAAUAUUUUCGAUAAUAUUCAAGGGCUUUUGAAAAUUUAUCCAGUAAACAAUAACUUUAAAGAGAGAGACAAAUUACUUUUAACGCCUUACAUCAAGAAUGGAAAAUUCAACGAGGCCAAAAAAUUAGCAGCAGUUAAUCAUGAAGAAAUGUUGGGCAUUGAAAGUUUUUCUGGAUAUUUGACAGUUAAUGAGCAACAUAAUUCAAAUUUAUUCUUCUGGUUUUUUCCUAGUCAAAUCGAGUCACAAAGUGCGCCUGUGAUAUUGUGGCUUCCAGGAGAUCCCGGGACAAGCGCACUUUCAGGACUUUUCUUAGAAAUUGGAGCGUUUAGAGUGGGAAGAAAUAAAGUCCUUGAGAUGCGUGAAUACAACUGGAACAAAAAUCAUAAUGUUCUAUACAUUGACAGCCCAGUUGGCACAGGAUACAGUUUCACUGAUGACGAAGAAGGUUUUUCAAAAAAUGAAACUCAAAUAUACGAGGAUCUGUAUGCAGGAUUAGUACAAUUUUUUAAAUUAUUCUCCGAACUCCAGGGUAAUGAUUUUUACGUAACCGGUGAAUCUUACGCCGGUAAAUAUGUACCAGGAUUUUCAUACGAAAUUCACAAAAAAAAUCCAACAGCAGAAAUUAAAAUAAAUCUUAAAGGUUUAAUUAUCGGCAGUGGUUACAUUGAUCCAGUGAAUCAAUUCAAUCAUAGUAAUUACUUUUAUCAAACAGGUUUAGUAGAUUUUCAUGGUAGGGAUGAAUUCCGUGAGUACGAAAAAAAAGCACUUGGAUUUUUCAGUGAAAAUAAAUAUGAGGAUGUGCUCGAAAUAUACAACAUACUUUUUAGUCGUGAUUCGAAUCCCCCUUGUCUGUUUAAAAACUUAACUGGUUUAAAUCUUCCCCUAAAUCUUGUACGGAAUGAAGACAUAAAUGACGAACUGGAUUCAAUGACCGAGUGGCUUCAACGCCCUGAUACCAAACGUGCUCUUCAUGUUGGUAAUAAUUCUUUUAAUGAAUUCAGUAGCAAAGUUAAAAAUAAUUUGAAGCAUGAGUUCAUGAAAUCGCAAGCUAAUAAACUUGCUGCUGUACUUUCGCAGUACAAAGUUCUUCUAUACAAUGGACAGCUUGAUACUUUUACUCCAUAUUCACUUAUACCUGGUGUUAUAAUAAAUUUACAAUGGUCUGGAGUUGAUGAUUACAAAAAAGCUAAACGUAAUUUAUGGAGAGUUGAUGAUGAGCUUGCUGGGUACAUUAAAGUUGCUCAUAAUUUAACUGAAGUACUUGUACGUAAAGCAGGACACAUGGUACCUGCGGACGAACCUAAAUGGGUAUUGAAUUUAAUUACACAAUUUACUCAUCAUAAAACUAUUACGUAUAAUUAAUUAUCUUAAUUUAACAAUUAUUAAUUUCCUAUGUCUAUAUAUUUGGUAAUAAAUAAAACAAAAAGUUAGAAUAUUCAAAGGUGCCAGCUUGAAGUUUUUUUGAGCGAUUUUCAAAAGGGUUCUUCUACAGUAUCUACAGUAGACAUUAAGUUUUUAAACUCCCACGAGUUUCUUUAUUGACCGAAAAAGUAAAAAAAUCUAGAAAUUUACGAUAAGUUUUAGUUCAAGCUCUAAUAAUUUUUGAACAGAUGAAUUUAUCAAAAAAUUAUACGAGACUUUUUUUGUAGAGCGUUUGAUUUCCUACAAAAUUAUGUCCUGAACUUAUCUGUACAACGAGCCAUUGUCGAGGUAUAAAAUUCAAAAGAUAAAAUUUUUUUUUCCCAUGUUAUUUAAAUGGGAAAUAGAAAAUCGCAAUGAGACACCUGUUAAUAUCAAUAUUAAGGGCUACAAUUUUACCUUCUUGCAAGUAUAGAAGCUGUUAGUGCGUUGAAAAAAAAGUUGCCCUAAAACGGCACGGCCUAAUAUAUAUAGAAUAAUCAAUUGAAAUAUUUAUUCUCUCAGUUUAAAUCAUAAUCUAAAGCAGAAAAUAGAGUUCAUCAUAUAUUUAUUAUCUGAAAAGGUCAAGGGUUAUUGUGAAAAAAAUUAUUAUAAAUAAUUACGAACUAAGUUUUCUUGGUU